UAAACUUUGUAGUAGUACAUAUAAAGCCAUGUUUAUACAGAAAAUUUUGCAUGAUGUAGAAUUCUUUGAUGUGGAGCCUCCGCUACAUUGAUCCAAUUGUUUAGACCGAAAUUCAGCAGAAAUGAUUCUGAGAUCAGCCUACGCUCCACUCCUCUCCUCCGCCCAAAGGCUCUCUCUGUACACUAAUUCCCUCACCCUCCAACAAUGCCCACAACCUGUUCGACAAAAUGCCCCACUGCUACUAGAGCUUCCCAAACAACCUCCCGCCUCCGCCUACGUCCACCUCCCCUUCUGCCGCAAGCGCUGCCACUACUGCGACUUCCCCAUCAUCGCCCUCGGCUCCUCAUCCAGUCACGACGACGACCCGCGCAUCUCCAGCUACGUCGACACUCUCUGCCGCGAGAUCAUAGCCACCAAGCUUCCCUCAAUAAGCAGCUUCCCGCCUCUUGAAACCGUGUUUUUAGGCGGCGGGACGCCCUCCCUCGUGCCUCCGAGGCUCGUCUCCUCGGUUCUCGACGCGCUUUCGGACAAGUUCGGGCUGUGUGGGGAUGCGGAGAUAUCGAUGGAGAUGGACCCGGGCACGUUCAAUGCGGCGACGAUGAGGGAAUUGAUGAGUUUCGGUGUGAAUAGAGUUUCGUUGGGAGUGCAGUCUUUUCAAGCUGAGCUGCUGAGGUCUUGUGGGAGAGCUCAUGGAGUUGAUGAAAUCUUUGAAGCUGUUGAGAUUGUCAAAGCAUGUGGGGUUGAGAAUUGGAGCGUGGAUUUGAUCUCGUCGCUACCUCAUCAGACUCCGGCUAUGUGGGAGGAGAGCUUGCAGCUCACUGUUGCUGCUGGCCCCACGCAUGUCUCGGUUUAUGAUUUGCAGGUCGAACAAGACACUAAAUUUGGAGUCUUAUACACACCUGGUGAAUUUCCUCUGCCUUCAGAGAAUCAGUCAGCCGACUUUUACAAAAUGGCUUCAGCAAUGCUAGGAAAUGCAGGUUAUGAGCAUUACGAGAUAAGUAGCUACUGCAAGAGUGGAUACCGCUGCAAGCACAAUAGCACCUACUGGAAGAACAAACCCUUCUAUGCUUUUGGUCUGGGCUCAGCUAGUCAUAUCAGCGGAGUAAGGUUUUCAAGGCCAAGGAGGCUCAAGGACUACGUCAAUUAUGUCCAAGAUCUGGAGAAUGGAGCAGUGGACACGCGGUCGGAUGGGAUUGUCGAAAACAAGGACUUGGCUAUGGAUGUUACCAUGCUCUCUCUGCGAACAUCUGAUGGCCUGGAUUUGAAAUCUUUCAGGGAGGCUUUUGGUGAUUCAAUUUUAGUGUCGAUGUUGGAGGUCUACAGGCCUUAUCUGAAAAGUGGGCUUGUGAUCUGCUUAGACGAGCAACGAAGAGAUGUCGCGGCUGAUGAAGUAGUAGUGUCUUCUUCGCUCAACGAGAAGCUUGCAUAUCUUUGCCUCAGUGACCCCGAUGGUUUUCUACUGUCAAACGAGUUAAUAGCUCUUGCAUUUGGUGUAAUAUCACCAUGACUUGCUUU